AUGCCUCCCCGCCUCGCCUCGCUCCGUCUCGCUGUCCGCAUCCCGCGGUGCUCCUCCUCCUCUAGACCGGCCGCGGCCCUCUACUCUACCGCUACCGCCGCCGACUCCAACCAGCCGCUGAUAACCGUCACCCAGCUUCCCGCUCCCGGCUCCGGCCACAUCCGCAUCCUCGAGCUCAACCGCCCGAAGGCCCGCAAUGCCAUCUCCAAGGCCUUGCUGUCCCAGCUGCGCGCCGAGAUCGAGGAUGUCCACGCCCAGUACACCGAGACGGGCGACGAGGCACCCGCGAAGCAGAUCUUUGGCGGAGCAGCGGGGAAGGACGUCAAGGGCCCGACGCGCGCCUUGAUCCUCGCCAGUGCCGUUGAGACGAGCUUCUGCGCCGGCGCUGAUCUGAAGGAGCGCCGCGGCUUCUCUCAGGCGGAGACCGACGAGUUCCUCGCCAACCUCCGCAGCACCUUCACCUCCCUCCAGAACCUCCCGAUCCCCACAAUCUCCGCCAUCUCCUCCCUCGCCCUCGGCGGCGGCCUCGAGCUCGCCCUGUCCACACACUUCCGCGUGCUCUCCUCCAACGCGCUCGUCGGCCUGCCCGAGACGCGCCUCGGCAUCAUCCCCGGCGCCGGCGGCACCCACCGCCUGCCCGCGCUCAUCGGCCUCUCUCGCGCGCGCGAUCUCAUCCUCACCGGCCGCCGCGUGUCCGCGCCCGAGGCGUACUUCCUCGGCAUCGCGGACCGGCUGGUCGAGAUCACGCACGACGAGGCCGAGAAGGCGGGCGAGGGCGACAAGGACAAGGGCGCGCUGCUGGUCGCGCGGCGGGCGGUGCUGAGUGAGGCCGUGAGGCUGGCCGGCGAGAUCUGCGAGGGCGGGCCGAUUGCGAUCCGCGCGGGCUUGCAGGCUGUGAACUGGGCGAGGGAGGAGGUGGAGAAUAAGAUGUAUGAGAGGGUUGUGGCGACGGAGGAUCGGAAUGAGGCGUUGAAGGCGUUUCAGGAGAAGAGGAAGCCUGUGUUCAAGGGACAGUAA